AUGAAUCCUAUCUCUUCCUUCCAGGACCGUCGACAUUCGGUCUCCUUCCUUCUCUCACGGCCCAUAAGCCCCUCCAUUCAAGGAGUAGAACCAGCACGACCUACAAGUUCUCUUAGCCAAGCUUCAACUGUAACAGAAAAUGCAUUGUCGCGUUCCACAUCGAUCGAGCCACCCUCAGGAAGGGCCUCGGAAAACAAGGAUGCCUCUGCCUCUGCCUCGCCAAUCCUCGAGUCCAGCGCAUCUCCUCCGCCGACUGAUCGUCCCACCAGCGGAGAACAAUCGCCGGACGUUCGUAGCCGUAGCCGUUCCACAACUCCUCUGGAUCCCGCCCGCGUCAAGGGAAAGGCCCCUGCAGUUUUUACGCCCUUGUUGACCCAACGCCGUGUAGGAUAUUUUUCCUGUCGACCUUGCAUGCCAACUUCGAUUUGGCGGAGCGAGGAACCCUGGUGGGUUCUUCAGCCAAACAACCCUGGAGACGAAGCCUACGUGAACUACAAGUCAGCGGUUCUAGAAUACGGCCCUCUCAUAUUAGAGAGAAUCGAGUUUGUCCCAACCAGACCAAAUAACCGCGUUCCGGGUGUCAGCAUCUUGAGAAUUCUGCAUGGAGAUGAUGUAAUCGUCGACGGUGAUAAAGCUGUUGACGUUGAUAGCCUGCAGCACAAGAUGAUGGAACUUCGAUAUGAAGAUCGGCGAGAAAAGGUCCAACUGCGCUGUUACCAUUGUUCGGUCACUAUACAUGGGUUAGCAUAUUUGAUGUCCACCCAUGUAUACCACUACUUGGAAGAGAAGCAGAAUACUCAAAGCGACCUCUACAGCAUUGGAGACGUACUCAACGCAAGUUUAGUGUCCAUCUACAGCUUGGAGCCCGGCAUCUGGAUUCCGGAGAUCGCUUUUGGGCUGUGA